AUGUCUGGCGCCAUCAACUCAACGCCGCCGGCGUACCCUGCAGGAGACGACAAGUUCUCGAGCGAAAAGGAAGCUGGGGCUAGUCCUGUACUCGCCGAUGACCUUAAUGCUUCGUCGUUCCACAAUGGAACCAAGAAAGAUGCUACUCACCGAAAGCUCAAGUCGCGGCACAUUCAGCUGAUUGGUAUCGGUGGAACCAUUGGUACUGCCCUCUAUGUUCAAAUCGGAAAAGGUCUCCUGAAUGGUGGCCCGGCCAGCUUGUUCCUCGCCUUCACCAUCUGGUGUACCUUUAUCCUCGCCAUUACUCUCUGCAUGGCCGAAAUGGUGACCUACCUUCCCAUCUCGUCGCCGUUUAUCCGAUUCGCGGGUCGCUACGUCGACGAGGCCUUUGGAUUUGCAGCGGGUUGGAACUUUUUCAUCUUCGAAGCUGCCCUCGUACCCUUCGAAGUUGUGGCCUGUAACCUGAUUAUUCACUUUUGGAGUGACAUUGUUCCGACCGCUGCUAUCAUUGUCAUUGUCCUUGUUCUCUACGCGGCUAUUAACCUGUUGGCUGUGCAUUGGUAUGGCGAGACAGAGUUCUGGGCAGCCCUCGGCAAGGUUCUGUUGAUCGUUGGCCUGAUCCUGUUCACUUUCUUCGUCAUGGUGGGCGCCAACCCGGACAGGGACAGCUUUGGAUUCACCUAUUGGAAGAAUCCUGGAGCGUUCAAACCGCUCUACUACGAUGGAGCGUUGGGUCGUUGGCUGGGCUUCCUGCAGUGUCUCAUCCAGGCCUCCUUCACCAUCGCCGGCCCUGACUACGUCUCAAUGGCAGCUGGAGAGGCAGAAAAUCCCCGACAGGUCAUGCCACGAGCCUUUAACGCCGUCUUCUACCGUCUCACGGCCUUCUUCGUUCUCGGUUCGCUUUGUGUUGGUAUCCUGGUUCCUUACGACGAUAAGGAGAUGACCGACGCCUUUACGAACGGAAAGCCAGGAGCAGCAGCUUCGCCUUACGUGGUUGCCAUGAACCGUCUUGGUAUCGAUGUGCUGCCUCACAUUGUUAACGCUAUGGUCCUGCUGAGUGCCUUUUCCGCCGGAAACUCUUACGUCUACUGCGCCUCGCGAUCUCUUUACGGCCUCGCCCUCGAAGGAAAGGCCCCAAAGUUCCUAACCACCUGUACUCGGAAGGGUGUGCCGAUCUACUGCGUCAUUUUCGUCCUGCUCAUCGCCCUCCUCUCGUUCCUCCAGCUGUCCACCAACACGGCCGUGGUCCUGGACUGGUUCGUCUCGCUCGUCACGGCCUCGCAGCUCAUCAACUUCUCAUGCAUUUGCGUGACAUACCUGUGCUUCCGCCGUGCUUUGAGAGCCCAGGGUAUCAGCCGAGACACGCUGCCCUACAAAGCGUGGUGUAUGCCCUUUGCGGCGUACUAUGGCCUCACGGGUACCUUUAUCAUGACAUUCGUGGGAGGGUAUACUGUGUUCUUGCCCUUUGAGGGAUACUGGAACGUGCCCGACUUUCUGUUCUCGUACACAUCUGUCGGUCUUUUCCCGGUGAUGUACGUUGGCUGGAAGUUGAUCCACAAGACCAAGAUUCACAAGCCACACGAGGUUGAUCUCUACAAGAACCUCGACGAGGUGCGAGAAUAUGAAGAGAACUAUGUGCCGAUACCGCCAAAGACCAUGUUUGAGCGUAUGCUGGAUAAGCUCUUUGGUUAA